AGUGAAUACAUGUUAAAGGGUUUAUCUAGGAAUAGAUAAUGAUGACCUAUCCUCCGGAUUAUCAGAUCAGCAGGGGUCCGAGUCCCGGCAGCUCUGCCAAUCAUCUGUUACAGGAAGCCGCCAUGCUCACCUGAGCUCUGCCUUCAGGAAAUGAACUACGUGGGGCAGCUAGCAGGUUCUGUCCUGGGCCGAGUACGAGACCUCUAUAAAGGUGUCAAUCCAGCAACCUUGUCUGGUUCCAUUGAUGUGGUUGUGGUCCGACAACCUGAUGGCUCCUUUCGGUCUUCACCUUUCCAUGUACGAUUUGGGAAACUUGGUAUCCUGCGGUCGACUGAGAUGACUGUGGACAUAGAAGUGAAUGGAGAGCCUGUGGAUUUACCAAUGAGACUUGGGGAAAAUGGAGAAGCUUUCUUCAUCCAAGAUAUGGAUGAGAAUGAUGUACCUAAUUCCUCCAUCAGCUGCCCUCACCUACCUCAGGGUACUUCCUCCCUUUAUGUUGGCAAUGAAUUAACUGAACCUUCUACAGCUUUCCAUUCUCCACUUCCUUUCACUGAUACUGCCGCUAAAAGGAAAAACUGGAGCAGGAGAACAAUAACCAGCAGAGCCGAGGAGACAUCUGAAGACAAAUCUGAAGACACGAUUCUGCUUACAAGUGAUUCCAUAUACUUCUCCUUCUCUGAGAUCCCAGAUGACAUCUCCCCGUCACAGUCUAUGGAUCUCCUCACCACUGCUGAAGAAGAUCUCUUGCAGCCGUCCACAAGUCGUUCACCCUCCCCAAAAAGUGACUCUGAAGUGGAAGUGAGGGCCCCUGGCUUGUCUCUCUACGAGAGCCGCAUAGAAUGGGACUGGGGAAGCCUCCCACAGGUUUCUCGGCCAGAUUUGUAUUCUCAGAUAUCACAGUCUCUCCCACCCAGUCCAACCAGGGAGCUUGAGUUACUUCCACUCACCUCACCAGAACCUAGGCUUCCUGAUCCAGCAGAAGAUUGUAAAGCUAGCCAGAGUGUCCCAGAAUCUGGGGAAACGUCCACGGCUCCAUUUCAUACAGAUACAGUCAAUGAACCUCCUCCACUACACCCUGAUGAUGUUCUCUCCCCCGACUCUCAAGAAGUGUCACUUUAUUUUCCUAACAGUGAUCCACAUCCCCCACCUCCACCUCUCCAUAAUGAAGAGGACUCAGGACAGCCACCAGAAAACAACACAGAACCAUCUACACCAUUUGUGGAAAUGUCACUCUGCGGGGGUCUCACAGACAAAUGGAACAUCCCUGAAGACAGGUUCCUCAAGUACAAGAUCUCAUUCUCAGAUUUCAGCCAAAACCCUUCACUCAUAGGAAACCCAAGACUGGUGUUGCGAAUACACAACAAAUUCUAUAACUGGGCAACUGCUGCCCCCAUUCUUCUCUGCAUGCAAGUGUUCAACCAGAUGCUGCCACAGGGGGUGAUUGAUCAGAUUUCUCAGCAGAAGAUGCCACCUCAGAGUCGAGGAUGGUGGUUUUCUUGGCGCAGAAGGAGCUUGCCUAACCAAAUGCAGCCAGUAACAAACACUAAGGAAUAUGUGGAGGAGACCGAAGAGUCCAACACCGAGCGGUUGAACGAGAAGAUAGAAGAUGACAGGAAACCUUCAUUAAUUCCUACACAAACUCGGCCAUAUCGAAAAUCACUACGAUUGACUUCUGAGCAGAUAAAAAGUUUGAAUUUAAAAAGUGGCGCAAAUGAAGUCGUGUUCAGCAUCUGCACUAAGUUUCAAGGCACAUGUCGCACUCGAGCACAGAUUUACCUAUGGGAGAGCACAGACCGCAUCAUUAUCAGCGACAUCGAUGGAACAGUGACCAGGUCAGAUGCACUGGGUCACAUCUUGCCACAGCUUGGAAAAGACUGGACACAGCCUGGCAUAGUGCAGCUAUACAAUGCCAUCUACAUGAACGAAUACAAGUUUGUCUACUGCUCUGCGCGGUCUGUGGGACUAGCGGAAAUUACGAAGACCUUCCUACAAAGUGUUAGUGAAGGUGGCUUUACUCUUCCACCGGGGCCUCUACUCCUGUCUCCAACCAGUCUGUUUGCAGCACUUCAUAGGGAGGUUAUAGAGAAGGCACCAGAACGCUUUAAGAUCGCUUGUCUUUCUGACAUUCGGCAACUUUUCACAGACUCUUAUCCGUUCUAUGCUGCCUUUGGCAACAGACCAAAUGAUGUAGUAGCCUACAGGGAAGUGGCGGUUUCAGAAUCACGGAUCUUCACUGUGAAUCCAAGAGGAGAACUGACGCAGGAGCUGAACUCAAGCUUUAAAUCCUCGUAUGCAGCCCUCAGGGAUUUGGUGAAUGUCAUGUUCCCCCCUUCAUCGUCUCAUUCGGUCUCAGCUCUGCUCUCACAGGAGUUUAGCGGUUUCUCCUUUUGGAAGGAUCCACUGAUGAGUCUUAGUAAGGAGGACAUGGAACAUGUAUCCUAACAAGAAGACUUGACCUGACCUCAAAUAAAGACCUUAGGUGGUAUCCUGAGCUACAGCUUCUGUUGUAGUCCAAUAUGCUGCUCACUUCUCCACAAAGACCUUCACACAUUACAUCUCACCCAACGUUUCAUAGACCACAUGGACACCAGACUUUGUGUAUGGAUUCAAAGAGUUUUAUUACUUUAAAAAUAAACAGCUUACUCCUUGCCGGGGUCCGACAACGUACUUCAGUCGGGAUCCGUAAAACAACAGUACACACCAUAAUAAUCACAAUCGGCAUCAACCAAAGUACCAAAAAAGUACAAUACAGUCUGAAUGUUGUCUCCGGUUUCUGCCUUUUGUAGACCGUAUGGAAAAAUAAUAUUAUACAUCUUACAAGCCCUCAGAUACACACAGGAUUAAUGCUGUCAGAAUCAGGCUCCAGCUCUCCGCUCCUUCCUUGAGGUUAAGAGCUACUUGGAAUGUGACUUGAAGGAAGUGUUUACAUUGGGGGUGUCACGGGCUGCUGACAACCAGAAAAUGUCUGCUCUAUUCGUCCUGUCAGUGACCCUUGAGGAAGCUAGCCUGCUUAGCCCUAAUUUACAAGUCUGUGGGGCAGGAGACCCUACUGCUGGUGAAUAGGAAGCCCUGCUAUCAUCACUCAUAUAAUUCCACAUUCUUCAGCAUGAGAAAUCUAUAAGUUUUGCUUAAAGUGCUUCUGUCAUCUACUAGGAGUAGAAGUGGCCACUUAGUGUCUUACAGCCUGGUGAUACUGGCAUGGACCUAUGGCUCCACUCACAGAAUGGCCUUCCCCUAUGGAAGCCCGAAAAGGGACUUGUGGUGGCCAACAGGGGACAAUGUGUACUACUGACAAUGGGCAUUUCCUCUGGUCCUAAUUUCUGAUAGCAUAUAGGCAACAAGGACCGUUUUACUUCUGUUAGCCCAUUUUGAUAAAUGAUGGU